UUCACUUUUGUUUGGGCAACGCGGCAAACCAUGGGCUCGAAAUCAAUUCAGCUCGCCUCCAAUCCGAGCUCGAUUGAUUUCGACUCCCACUCGUCGUCAUCGACCGGAGCCGAAAUAGAACGGAAUUAAAAGCUUCGGCCUUUAUAAUGCCCAGACAACAUCUGUUCCAGCGUCCCCCCAAAUUGGAAGCUAGGUUUCCUCGAUCAAAUUCUCCCCAAUUUUGGCGGCGAGGUCGGUUAGUCGAGGCGAACCGCGGGAGAUCGACGGCCGGCGAGGAAGUAGCGGCGCACCACCAGACGCAUGGCGGCGAAGGCAGCUGUGACCGCCGGCGAUGUGUGUGUGCUGAAGCGGUGCCAGCAGCAUGGCGGUCAAGAUCUGAAGGAGAAGAAGGGAACCAAAAGGAAAGCAGAGGAGGCACCAGAAGGCGACGAAUCUCCACUGGAGGUCUGCUCCAUCAGAAGGAAAACAGCCGGGAUCGACUGCUCUGAGUUGGGGCAGGGAGCCACACCGGCGACGGCGGCGGCAGCCAGGCGCGAGGAGGCUCCGGAGAGAAAGAUGACGAGGCUGCCGCAGGAGGAGGUGGAUUCCAUCCUAACCAAGGAGAUGGAUGACGACUCUCUCCCUCCCGAGUACAAGGCCCUGAAGCGCCACAACCCUGCCCUGAUUCCUUCGCCGGAAGAGGAGAUGGACGAGGACGUGGUGAGCUUCUACAACGUCGUGCGCUUUUUCUACGAGAUUGGAGAGGAUUUCAGGGAAUUCCAGGCCUGGGUCCGCACCGAGUACGCCAAGAAUGGCUACGUCGAGGUGGAUGAUGAGUACCUGCGCCAUCAACAGGAGAUGGAAGCAAUGAACGAAGCAGCACGCAAGGAGGCACUCAAAGCCUUCGAUUUUUCAGACUUGCUCGACUUCUGAUUUGGUGCAGCAUCAGCCUGUGAUGAUUGUAGAUGGAGUUCAUUUUCUCCAGUAUUAUCAUCCAACGACUGUAUUAUGCAACCAAUGUAAUAAGAACUCACUUUGUCGAGUAUUCGAUUCUCUUCUUACAAAUCAGAAGGCAAAAGGGUGAGAUUGUUUCAAAUUCAGGAGUUAAGUAGAAACUGAAGCGUAUCAUGUUAAAAGGGAGGCUAAUGACACCGUAUUAUGCGGCCAAAUUAGCUUCUCCGGCUAAUGUUGUAAAGACCUGGAUGUAUCAGGUUCCUGAACCUUUGUAUGACUGUGUUCAGCUUGACA